CCUCCCGCCGUCCAACUUCCGGUCGGAGCCGGAAGUGAGCAGAGUCCGUGUUGGAAGUGGCGCGGGGGGAGCGCGGCGCGAAGGUGACGAGAGAGGGAGACGGCGCGCCUCGGACUCCCCGCGCUCCCCUGGACUCCUGCCGGCUCUCGGCUGCUCCUCGUCGACUCCCCCUCAUCAACGCCUCCUCCUGCCGCCCUCAUCAGCCCUCAUUUGCCACGGGCCCCCCACCCCACCCCCCCCCACAACCAGCUGCCGAGGGGGAACACGCGUCCUCCAGUUGGUGGUGGAGGGUGUGCAAGAUGAUCUGCAACAGGAGGUGAUGAGAUUCUGGGACACCGCAAGAUACUGGAACAUCACAGGACACACCUGUACAUUACAGCAGGUGUCGGGGUGUUGUGAAAGUUGCUCGCGUGUGGGAUUGAAAUGGCUGAGGAGCCCGAAUUAUGCUACCUGCGAGCGCUAGCCAGCGAGCUGAACCUGCAACGCAAGAACGGCACGCACUGUGAUUGCCAUGUCGUUGUUCAAGGCAGUACCUUCAAGGCCCACCGCAACGUGCUGUUUGCGGCGAGUCCGCACGUGCGUGCCCUCCUGCGGGGCCAGGCAGAGCGCCCUGGCCAGGUUGUGGUCAUCCACCUGGACAUCGUGACGGCUGCUGGGUUCGCUGCCAUCCUUGACUACAUGUACUCGGGGCGUGUCAUACUCUCCUCGCGCAACAUGAUCGAGGUGAUGUCGGCCGCCAGCUACCUGCAGAUGACCGAGCUAGUGCGUCUGUGCGACCACUACAUCCGCACCUCCUUCAAGGACGGCAGCGUGCCGACGGAGCAGCCCCUUGGACUGUCGGUCGUUGCCCCGGUGUUGCCGAAUGCCGAGCUGCCCGAGGGGGUCAGUGCCGAUGGCGGUGCUGGCGCCGAGGGCGACGCCGAAGCCGUGGGGCCCGAGCCGGCGCCCGCCCCGCCCGUGCGGAAGGGCAGGGGGCGGCCACGCAAGUCACGGCACAGCGUGCGCGUCACCAAGCAUACGCCCGCCCACUCCUCCGACAACGACGAGAGCGAGCACGCAGUGGCAUAUGAUCCCAACCGCGUGAAGAUGGAACCUCAGGAUAGGGACGGGCUGCUGGACAGCGAACAGGACAGGAUCAUUGACGCGUCUGGAAACACGAUCGAUUUCUACCCUGGGGCCGAGUUUGGUAGCCCCGGUGGCGGCUAUGACGAUGGACCUUCCUCGGGCUACCACGACUCGGGCGCCGGCUACGGGGGCUGCACGCCAGGCUAUGACGACGCGGCACCGGGCUACGGCGACGCCACGCAGGACUACGGCGAGGAGGAAGCCGCCCCAGACUACGAGGACCCCACGGUGGACUACGACGGCUCGGCGCCGGACUACGACGACGGAGCGGCAGCCCCGGACUACGACGACGGAGCGCCCCCGCUCCACGGCUACGGCGACGUGGACGGCAUGGACGCCUCCGGCAUCGCGGUGCCGCUCGACGGAGGAGUUGGAGACGAGGAGGAGGAGGACGGGGGAGAGGACGGCAAGCGGCGGCUGCUGCAAUGCAACUACUGCAACUUCGCCGCGAUGCGCAAGUACAAGCUCGUGCGGCACAUCCGCACACACACGGGCGAGCGGCCCUUCGGCUGCGACGCUUGCGGCAAGCGCUUCAUCCGCAGGGAGCACCUGCAGCGGCACACGCAGGUACACGCAGGUACACGCACGCACACCGGCGAGCGGCCCUUCGGUUGCGAGGCUUGCGGGAAACGGUUCAUCCGCAGAGAGCACCUGCAGCGGCAUACGCAGGUUCACCAGAAGGAACGCCGGUUCGUGUGCCGCCGCUGCCGCCGCCUCUUCGUCUUCGCCAACUCGGUGGGCAUCGAGUUUGGCACUCGGCGGUACGGCGUGUGCGAGGAGUGCUCCGUGCUCGGCCUGCGCGACCCCCCCCUGAAGAAGGAGGGGGGCGGGCGGGGGGGCGGCCGUGGCAGGGGGGGAGGGCGUGGAAGCAGGGGGGGCAGCCGCAUCGGCGGGGGGGGCAGCGCGGCGGAGAAGCGGGCGGCGAUGGCAGCGGCGGUGGAGGCGGUGGUGGCGGGGAGAGGAGGGGGCGGGGCCGGAGAAGAAGGGGAAGGAGAUGGAGACGGAGACAUGGCGGCUGUGCCGGACGGAGGAGCCAGCCUGGAACGCGUUGUUUUCAAAAUGGAACCAGAUGCGGGUUCGGAGGAGGACUGGAGCCAGAGGGGGGGCGACCCCCCACUCAGCUGCGACAAACCGGCAGGGGCCUUCUGAUAGCAGCCUCUUCCUCCCCCCCCCUCCCUCAUUCCCACCCCCUGCCAUCUCCCCGAAUGUGCCCGCCCCGCCCCCCCCCCCCCCCCCACCUCUUCAUUCCUUUCUCAAUUAUUUUGAAUUAUUCUCCUUUCUUUUUCGGAGCCGUGUGUGGUUGGACACGUGGAUUUGAGAGAGAUGGUCACACCCAAGAGUCGCACGGAUUUGGUGACACCAGCAUAGUCGGCCGAUGCUGCCGUCUCACUGCAGCGUCAACGGAAAACCCGUCGGCUCGUGUGGUCAACCCCCUGACACAUUCCAGGAGCACGCGAUGAGAAGCCACCUUUGCCUCCUCCUCCCACGCAGCCCUCUAGAACACCGCCACCUCCCGCAAUUAGACGCCGAUUGUGCGCGGCGACGCGACGUGCUUGUUCGCUGGGGACUCUGGCUGCCACUUGCAGGAUUUGGCAUCUGUGUUCAGGCAGCAGGAAUUUGAUUCGUUAUUGGGUAUUGUGUUGAACUUUAUAGCAUUGUACCGCUCAGUUUUGAUAGACUUCGGCUGACUGAAUAGUAUGCCCCGGAUUUAGUCUACAGUGGAAAAGGUGGCAACCCCGUUUGGGAUGAAAUCCUUGUUUCAUGUGUUGUACGCAGAGAAGGGUUUACCGGUCGUAAGUUUUUAUACAAAAAUAAUUUUGUCUUUUUUUUUUGUUGUUGUUGUGCUGAUCAUUUUAAUUAAAAUUAAUCUGUGCUAGGAAAAAGUGGGGGUCACCCAGUUAUUCUGGCAUGCAGCAGAACGAACUGGUGUUUGGUUGCUCAGGGGAAAAACUUAUCAAUUUUACCAAUGUCUCAUUCAAUACUUGACAACAAACAUCCCCAGGAGCUCGCUGGUUUUGAGGCAACACUUUCACGACCAUUAUUUUGCUUAUGCCUGAUAUCGUACAGACCCAGGAUUCACGAGCCUACUCCUACCACCAGGGUCAUGCCUGUAGUCUUGUCGAAUAAAUUUGCCUUGUUAAGGGAGCUACAUUAUUAACUGUGGCUUGAAACCACGUUCCAGGAGACUAUAAAGGUAUUUUGACAGUGAAAACAAAUGCGUCACCAAAAAUCGUACCGCCCAUUCAUUCCUUGUGUGUCUAGGGUUGAGUUCCUGGUGAAGUGAUUUCAAUUGUACGCAAUGGAUGGUGAAGGCUGACGGACACCUUUUUAAGAGAUUGUACUGUACAGGCACACCUCGCUUCGCACUCAAGAUGCGUUGUUCCCGGAGAAGUUAGCGCUAAUAGAAUUAGCGUUAAAGGCGGGGGUGGAGGUGGUGGGGGGGGGAUCAUUCUAACCAUUGUACAUAUGGGGAUGCGUUCCGGACAGAAUUUAUUCUUUCGUACGAGCAAUAUCAUGGGAGCUUAAUUGGGGUAAUCGGUAAUAGCGCUGAUAAUAAUGCGGAUGGUAAAGAUUAUUUCAUACGUAAAAGAAUAUAAUUUAUUAUAUCAGUAAAGUAUUAUGUACUGUACUGAUGAGUGCAUUCUACUGUACUCCCUACAAGGCAGUGGAUGGGAGACGAGGUUGGGAGCUGCUGCUGCGCUUUCAAUCCGCGUCACUCUCACAGAAGAGCUCCAGGACCUCCGUGAUCGGAGUGAUAUCCUCAAGUCUAAAUUCCUGUGGUGAGGUUUCUUUGAGGUAGAGCCCUGAGAGACUCUAUCCUGGUCUCGCGAAUUCUCACCUGGCUAUCUGAAAAAAAAAAACUUUUUUUUCUUCUUCAAAAUUUGGAUACGGCUACGAAUUAUGAUAAUGACAUCACGGGGGGGAUGGUGGGGUCUGGUUGGCUCAGGCAUGCAUCGCUCUUAUUGGCUGAGCAAACAUUGGGGGGGGCGGGUCGUUUUUUGGGCCAAUGCUGCUGAAUGUGGGUUGUCACUCGCAAGGGCUGCUUUUAGAUUAUUUUAUUUCAUUUUAUCUUUGCUUUCUCCAGGACAGAGGUUCUGUCAUCACGAAUCGACGUUCUCACGAGGUCACGCUAAGCGAGGUCUGCCUGUGUUACAAACAAUGACCUGACCAUUUUUAGCUGUUAACACUGCCCCCCUCAACUGAAUUUUACGUACGAUAAGUGACGUCUUCAAACUGCAACUCAAGUAAGCAUUGAGAGGCUCUCCAGCCCCUGAGCCAGUGGUGGAAAUUUCAAGCUCCUUUGGAAGAAUCUCUGCAUAGGACUACCAAAGAUAACAUCAAGUGUGAGGAAAUGCCCUUGAACUUGGAGUAAUUGUCGCAAUGUUGGAAUAUUACCAAAUGUCCUUCUCACUGAUGCACCAGAUUCAAUGCAGGAUCAUUUUUCUAUUUAAAUAGUUGUGAGUGUAGUGCCUCUAGUGGCUGGAGGAGACGAUCUAUCACAUGUGAAUGUUUAGAUUGAGAAAAAACCAUUUCAAAAUCAUUUCGAAUCGAUGCAUAAUCCUAAAAUGACUGGUAUUCACAUGUUUGUCGGAAGCAGUAUAUAUCUCUAGCAAGCCCGUCCUCAAUUCUCUUGACAUUUAGAAAUGAUAUCACAAGGUCACCCCACAACAUUGCUAAUUGGCUGGUGGUGUAAUGCACAUUUCAUACAUUAAGUUUUUAUGUUCCAUCUGAAACGAUUGAACACACUUUCUGAGUCGGUAUAAAAAGAUGACAUUGCAUGCAGGCAAUUGACAAUGCUGGUGGGCACCACUUGUGAUGUGUGGCCACGUGUUUGGAUCGGUACUGAACAUAUUCUUUCAAAAUGUUGCUUCCUGUCCAUUGCCUAAAACCCAAGCAGGCUCCUGGAACUGAAGGUGAUUUGACCUCGGGUUGUUAAAAGUGUAUUUUUUUUGCAUCAUCAUUAUUCUCGUGAAAUAACUGUUACCAGUUUUCUGCACAUAUACAGAUGGUCAGCAACAAAGCAUAACAAUUGUUUAAUUUUUAACUGAGAAUUGAAGGGAGCUGCCAUGACAAUGGUUGGCACACUGGACUUGCAAUCCAUAGGUCUCUGGUUCACCUGGUGGGGCAGUUGAAACAUUCGGUAAGUUUCUUAACCCUCCCUGUGUCCCCCCCCCCCCCCCCCCCCUUCGUCUCUGUCCACCUGCCAGUAUAAAUGGGCACAUCAGUCAAUCGGCAGAUCGCGUGCGGUGGAACGGAGCGUGGGCACACCCACAAUCACCAUCUGGAGCUCCCUCUAGUUGGAGGCCCUUCCACACCAGCAGUGGGCAUGAGCCGGCGAGAAAUUUCCGGGCUGCACCAUUUGAAUUUGAGAAAGGACGAGGGCAAAUGUAGAGCGUACGCGGCGGUGGCUUUGGCCGCCUUGCCGUUCGUACGUUCGUGCCCGCUGAUUGGUGCACUUCUAAAAUUCCGCUGGGAUCGAAUCGACUUUUUUUUAAUCGUUAAUUGCCCGUUUUUUUCCUUUCAAAAACUCGAUAAUACUUACCGCAAACUCUUAAGAAAGUAAAUGGGCUUAGGCAGGACACUUCACCGCUAGAAAGGACAAUGGCUGGAUAAUGAAGGAAAUUCAUCUGUAAUUACGUCCGACCAACGAGAUGGAGCGAUUAAAUAAGAUCAUCGUGACCAGAUGGUGGCAUCUUGGGGAGACCAUCAGGCAGUGGAUUGAUCACGGCUGAUGGCAAUGCCAAUAUAAAAAUGCUUGUAGCAAUAAUUAUUGAUAUCUCCAGUUGGAUGAAAGGCUUGUAAAUUGCUGCGGUAGUGUUAGAAAAUGUUAAAGGGUACCACGUUUGUGUAAGUUUUGUUUUUGUCAAUGUGUUUUUUUUAAUGAUUGCUGAGCACAGACCCCAAGCCCCAAAACGUGCAGCGGCCAGUAACAGACCAGAGUUAACGCGUUUCUUGAAUUGAGCAAAGGUUAUUUCUUUGAAUUGAGAAAAUAAAGGCAGGGAAUUCCUAUGUUGAUCAGUCCUGAGUGAAGAAGUAGAAAAGUGAUGUGACUUGCAUGUGGUGAAUUGAGUGAGUGAGCUGGUGAAUGGAUGUGUGGGUGAGUGGGCUGGUGAAUGGAUGUGUGGGUGAGUGGGCUGGUGAAUGGAUGUGUGGGUGAGUGGGCUGGUGAAUGAGUAUCGUCACCUGCAGUAAGGUAGUUGAACACUGUGGAUGAGACGAAAGUCUGGUGGGAGUUCUCAACGUGGGUGAGAAGGAACCAAUAUGUGAAGUUCGCAGUAAGCAUAAAAAAACACAUGGGAUUGGUAGAAGCAGAAGAGUGAUAAGGAGGCGACUGGACCACCAUCGAUUGAACGAGUGAUUGGAGUGAGUUCUGGAUCCUCGAUCAACCCCCCGACUGCUUUGCCUUGAAGUAUGUUGCGGCACAAUUCAGUUUUCUACAUUGAAAAUUUUAUUUUUCUGUCAGUUUUGAUGUUGGUUUGAUGUUGCAUAUGCAGUGCAAUUCCCAGCCAAGGGUGGAAGAAGGUUAAUGCGAAACAGUUUGGGCUUAUUAUUUAGAUAAGUUGGUGAAUGGAUUUCCUUCAAAUUAAUACCAUUAAAAUACAUUAUACUAUUUCUAACUUAACAAUCAAUAUUUUUGGCGUUACCGCAGAUUAUAGCCAAUGACCAACAUAGAUCUACAGAUGAAGAAUCGGACGAUAUCUCCUUCACGUCGUUGUCCUAACAACUAUAAAAGUAUUGCACAUCACAUUGGCUACAUCUCGGUAGCAUUGGUUCAACAAAAGCAAACUGGAUCGGUUUCGACUUUGCAGUGUAGCCUGGAUAAAUAUCUCAAUACAGAGCAUGUAAUCCACGACUCGUGUGUGAUAAUUCUGAAUGAACUAUUCAUCUCAAGUCCAGUUAAUAUCAGCAGGCCACUGCCCAGUUUGGUCGGUCAUUAUGGCUGUGUCCAGAGCCAACCAAAUCUUUUGGUCCCUGGGUGCAUUGUACAGUAUGCACCCCUAUCCACAAUGUUAGUGUCAAGUCAAAAUUCACAGUAAUUUCCUGCUUAAAUGAGCAUUGAGGCAGUGCUCAUCUUCAGCCAGCGGUGGAAAAAUUCCACAUUCCUGUGGCGUAUGCGAGUGUGGCCAUGGGACAACUGCUCGCAAAGCAACACUUUUAUUUGUCAUGAUGGCCGAGUGAACCACCUAGAUAACAUCUUGCUGCAUACACACAGGAUUGUUAUUAUUCGGGCUGCCUGUACAUCCUCAGCUCUUCCACUGCUGCAUGGAGGGUCUCCCCAAUGCCAUAUAAAUUGCAGGCGGUUGACUGGUCUUGAUUCGCCAAACCAUUCAAUAUGGGUCGGUGUGAAGUGGGACAUGAAAAGCGUGGCUACUGAUGUUAGCCGUGUCCAGGACUCAAACCUACGUCACCGAUAUUUUAAUUGCUGUAAAACGGACUGAUUAACUCUUGUGAAAUGUGUGGCAUUUGAUGUAAUAGAGCUCUUUUGACAUGAACAGAGGUAUGUUGGAAUUGGAGCGCUGUCAAUAUUAACCGAGCGCUGUUGCAUUGAACGCCAUGGUGUAUGGAUGCACUACCAUCGGUUUUACAGCUUUGGCAUUGCUUAUUUCACAGUAACAUGUUUGGAACAAAAUUCGGCGAUAACGAGGACAGCUUAAAUACUCAAUGUCCAGUUAACAUUGUGUGUUGCAGCCUUGUCGCAUGAAGAGAGGCAGUACACAGUGAACUGGAGUGAUUCACCAGCACUGAUUCUAGACCCUCAAUGCCCAAGUCAUUGAUUUCCUACUCAAUGGACAUUGAGGUGGUGCUCAUCUCCCCAUUUACAGCCCAAAGCCAUUGGUGGAAAUUCCACAUUCCAAUGUUAGGUGCGAGUCAACAUAGAACAACUACCGGUGACAACCCACAACGUGGUAAUCAACGUGUCGACUUUGAAGAGGGAUGUAACGGGGUUGAGUCCACCCUCACCCAGGAUUUGAACUGGCCACCUGAUUUUGAGAAACUCUUCCGUUGCUCAAGCAACCUGGUUCCGAAAGAUGUUGCCUCAAAUAAACUUGAGGCUGGGCCCCUCAAUAAGUGAGGCCCCCCCGCCCUGCCAGCCAUCCCCAACGAACGCUCUCUUGAGCGAAUGAGCUCGCAGUGUACAGGAUAAUCUAUUUAAACUUUAGUUUGUUAUCCAAGUCUUUUAUUGUAGUCUGACAGGUAACAGCUGUUCGGGGAGUGUUUUUUUUAAACGAAUGAAUGAAACUGAGAUGUUUAUUUUUUAUUUUGAGGUUUUGGUUUUCGUUGGGCGUGUGGGUUUUGAUGGCGUCGUGAGUUUUUUUUUGUACCAGAGUCACCGUUUUGCCGCGAAUCAUUCUCAAAUUAAUGCGAUGUUUCGGGGGGAAUUGUCGAAUGGUAAAAAUUGUAAAAAAAAAAUCUUAAUUUCGCAGGAGCAUGAAAGAUGAAUUGGCCGACUCGUUUAUUAUUUCUCUUUCUUUGUGAUUGAAUUCAAAAUAUGAAUUAAAACCACCGAUGAAUGAU